ACUAGCUCCCUCCUCCAUGCGUAAAUUAUGUAGGGCAGGACGGGAAUGCAUUGUACCUCCAUUCCAUUUGAGAAAAAACCUGGCCGGUGAAUGUGAGCAGAACCAAAGAGAACAAAAAAGGGGGGGAAUUAAAAUCUGACAAAGCCACCUUCUUCUUCCUCUUCUUCGCUUUGACAGAGGCGGAGUGGCGCAUCACGACCUGUCUAUUGUGAAGCCAAGGAGAAGAAAAGAUGGACAUCACGGACCAAGGAGCUCAAAUGGAGCCGCUCUUACCAACGGAACAAAGUUCCCAAGAAAAUACAGAUGUGAGAACUGAUGAGGAGGCGGUGGUGGACCGCGGGGGCACACGCUCCAUGCUCAACACCAACUUUGAGAAGGAAGAGCUCGAAGGUCACCGCACUCUCUACAUCGGGGUCCAUGUGCCCCUGGGCAGGAGGUCGCACCGACGUCACCGUCACCACGGACACAGACACAGGAAGAGGUCCAAGGAGAGGGACUCCUCGGCCGAGGAUGAACGAGAAUCCCCCUCACACACAGACACACCAGCCCAGAGGGUGCAGUUUCUCUUGGGGACAGAGGAUGGCGAUGAGGAACACAUCCCCCACGCCCUAUUUACCGAACUGGAUGAAAUCUGUGUCAGGGAGGGGGAGGACGCAGAAUGGAAAGAGACAGCCAGGUGGUUAAAGUUUGAGGAGGAUGUGGAGGAUGGCGGUGAGCGGUGGAGUAAACCAUAUGUAGCCACUCUGUCUCUACACAGUCUUUUCGAGCUCCGCAGCUGCAUCAUGAACGGCACCGUGAUGCUGGACAUGAGGGCCAACUCGCUGGAGGAGAUUGCAGACAUGGUUCUGGAUCAGCACGAGGUGACGGGCCCCGUCGGUCAGGAUGCCAGGCGGAGGAUCCGUGAGGCCCUGCUCAAACAGCACCACCACCAAAACCACAAGAAACUGGCCAACCGCAUCCCCAUUGUCCGCUCCUUUGCUGAUAUCGGCAAGAAGCAGUCAGAGCCUCAUUCCAUGGACAAGAAUGGCCAAACAGUCUCGCCUCAGUCCCAGCCGGCCAACAACGAGGGCAAACAGGACGUCAGCCGAGAAAACAGUGCCGUCGACUUCAGCAAGAUUGACCUCCACUUCAUGAAGAAGAUCCCUCCCGGUGCUGAGGCGUCCAACGUCCUGGUGGGGGAGCUGGAAUUCCUCGACCGCCCCGUGGUGGCUUUUGUCCGCCUGGCCCCCGCUGUGCUGCUCAACGGCCUGGCUGAGGUUCCCAUCACCACCAGGUUUCUUUUCAUCCUUCUUGGCCCUCUGGGAAAGGGUCCACAGUAUCAUGAAAUCGGCCGGUCUAUUGCCACGCUGAUGACUGAUGAGGUUUUCCACGAUGUUGCAUACAAAGCCAAAGACAGGAAUGACCUGGUGGCCGGCAUAGAUGAGUUUCUGGACCAGGUGACGGUGUUGCCCCCUGGAGAGUGGGACCCCUCCAUCAGAAUAGAGCCUCCCAAAAAUGUGCCCUCUCAGGAAAAGCGCAAGAUUCCUCCUGUUCCCAACGGUGUGACAGAUCUUGGAGAGUCAGAGGAACAUGGAGGGCACGGUGGCCCUGAGCUCCAGCGCACAGGGAAAUUGUUUGGUGGGCUCAUCAUGGACAUCAAGCGAAAGGCCCCUCACUAUAUUUCCGACUACACAGAUGCCCUGAGCCUGCAGUGUCUGGCCUCCUUCCUCUUCCUCUACUGCGCCUGCAUGUCACCUGUCAUCACCUUUGGAGGCCUCCUGGGGGAGGCCACAGAGGGACGUGUGAGUGCUAUCGAGUCCCUGUUCGGGGCCUCCAUGACUGGAAUAGCCUACUCUCUUAUAGCGGGUCAGCCUCUCACCAUCCUGGGCAGCACGGGGCCCGUUCUCGUCUUUGAGAAGAUCCUCUUCAAGUUCUGCAAGGACUAUGAGCUGUCCUACCUCUCCCUGAGGGCCUGUAUUGGCCUGUGGACGGCCUUCUUCUGUCUGCUGCUGGUGGCCACUGAUGCCAGCUCGCUUGUCUGUUACAUCACACGCUUCACUGAGGAAGCUUUUGCUUCACUUAUCUGCAUCAUCUUCAUCUAUGAGGCUCUGGAGAAGCUGCUCCACUUGGGAGUGCAUUACCCCAUCAAUAAAAACAACAAUCUCCAGACGCUCACACAGUAUUCAUGUGCGUGUGUGGAGCCCAGAUACCCCAGCAAUGAGACUUUACGCUUCUGGGAGGAGAAGAACGUCACAGCCUCACAGGUCAACUGGACCAUGCUGGAGGUCAAGGAGUGCGAGAUGUUGCACGGCGAGUUUGAGGGCACGGCCUGUGGCCCCCACGGGCCCUACAUCCCCGAUGUCCUCUUCUGGUGCGUGGUCCUCUUCUUCUCCACCGUCUUCAUGUCCGCCUUCCUCAAGGAGUUCAAGACGAGUCGUUACUUCCCGACCAAGGUCCGAGCCAUCAUCAGCGACUUUGCCGUCUUCAUCACCAUCCUCACUAUGGUUCUUGUAGAUUACGCCCUGGGGAUCCCCUCACCUAAAUUACAGGUCCCCAACAAGUUCAAACCAACCAGAGACGAUCGUGGCUGGGUCAUAAACCCUGUGGGGCCCAACCCCUGGUGGACCACCAUCAUCACCUUUAUCCCAGCUCUGCUCUGCACCAUCCUCAUUUUCAUGGACCAGCAGAUCACGGCCGUCAUCAUCAACAGGAAGGAGCACAAACUGAAGAAAGGCUGUGGCUAUCACCUGGACCUGUUUGUGGUGGGGGUGAUGCUGGGAGUGUGCUCGGUGAUGGGCCUGCCGUGGUUCGUGGCGGCCACCGUGCUCUCCAUCUCCCACGUGAACAGCCUGAAGCUGGAGUCUGAGUGCUCCGCCCCCGGGGAACAGCCCAAGUUCCUGGGCAUCCGGGAGCAGCGCUUCACCGGCCUCAUGAUCUUCACACUGAUGGGCUGCUCCGUCUUCAUGACCUCUGUGCUGAAGUUCAUCCCCAUGCCUGUGCUGUACGGAGUCUUUCUCUACAUGGGGGCUUCCUCACUCAGAGGUAUUCAGUUCUUUGACCGUCUGAAGUUGUUCGGCAUGCCGGCCAAACAUCAGCCAGACUUCAUCUACCUUCGCCACGUCCCUCUGAGGAAGGUGCACCUCUUCACCAUCAUCCAGCUCACCUGCUUGGCCCUGCUGUGGAUCAUCAAGACCUCCAAAGCUGCCAUCGUCUUCCCCAUGAUGGUCUUGGCCCUGGUGUUCAUUCGUAAGGUGUUGGACUUCAUCUUCACCAAGAGAGAGCUGAGCUGGCUGGAUGACCUGAUGCCCGAGUGGAAGAAGAAGAAGUUGGAGGAUGCAGCAGAAGAGGAUGAGCACAGUAUUAUUGUAGAGGAGGAAGGCAUUGUGCAAGUGCCACUGGAGGGACACUACAAGAGUGACCCAGCCACAGUGAACAUCACUGACGAGAUGUCCAAAGGUUCUUUCGGGAAUGUGUGGAAGAGCGUCAGCCCUGCGGAGAGCACCAAGAAGGAACCGAGCGCUAAGAGCUCCCCUUCCUAACCUCUCAGAAGCUGAUAUCCCAAAGUUGUUCCAGAGGCGGCGAAAAGCGUGAAAAGCGCCAGAAGCGGCGGAGGCACGACAAGAGCUUGGACAGGGAGACAAGUUUGUGAUGACACAUACAGGCGGUGCCAUUGUGCUGUCGAUCAAAAAACUAAAAAUCUGUACCGUGCCACACUCAAUCACCUUUGUACUGUGCUACACUGUGUUUUUGUCAUGUAAGUCUGUGUGCAAGUUGUGUAAAACUGAAAAUUUGUUAGAAACAGUAUUAAUGCUGAGGGGCCGAGACACAUCUGUGUUCUUUUCUAUGUAUUUCAGUGUUUGGUGAUACCAGCAACAAUAGGAAUCCAGAAUUAUGCGACACUUGCAGUAAAUGCUGUGUUGAUGGGCCAAUUACAUACAAAUUUUAAACAAUUUUUAAAUCCACUUUAUUUGUAUUUUGUAUGUUUUUAUAUUUUUCCAAUAUGACUCCUUUUAAAAAGCUGCCACACAAAAACCACACUGUGUGGAUUUUGUGUGCAGCAUUUAUUGACUUAAUGCACGUCGCAGUAGAAACACUAAAGAGCAGAUAUUUGCAGAUACUAGUCUAUUUCAGUUUUGUCUAAAAGAGUUGGCUACAUAGCGAAUCUAGUACCAUUUUUUUAAGUAUUAUAUAUACAUUUUAUAUAUUCUGUAUAUCUAAAUGUUUUUGUGACAGUGACAGCUCAUAUCACUCCAGGCUUCUCCGUUGCUCUUUUACACACGAGUGUCUCUCCUCCAGUAAAGUAUUUCCCCCGGUCACUUCCUGGAAGAAAUUUACAUCGUGUGAAUUAUUGUUAAUGUUGUUUUCAAGAGUUCGUACAUGCCUGUUCUGAGUAUUCGGGCCAUAUUGAAGACAAAAAUCGAGAAUAAUUUCGUAAUAAAAGUUAAAAACAAAGUCAUAAUUUAAUAAGAAAAGAAGUUAUAAUAAUAAUGCAAGAAUAAAGAAAAGCACUUUUAGGAAAAGCUUUUGCUUUUUAACUUUAUUCUGACUUUUUACUCAUAUUAUUACAAUUUUGUCUCAAAAUAUAACACCUGUAUUCUUGUAAUAUUGUGACUUUAUUCUUAUUAUAUUACGACUUUAUUCUUGUAGUGUUACGACUUUAUUCCCGUAAUAUUACAACUUUUUCUCCCUUUGAGUGGCCCUCACACGUCAUAUGUUCCGUGCUUAGCUCAACACAAAGACUGACAAAGUCCUAAAAGCUCCACCAGUCUCUCUUGCACAUUUGUUAAAUGUAAAAACAUUAUGGGAUUUUGUGUUUUACUGGCUUGUUGGCGUCGCUGCAUAUUUUACCGCUCAGAUAAAUCUCAUCAUCUUAACUCUUGGAAAGCAAGGGAGCGUAUUUUCUCAAAACAUUAAACUACUUCUUUGAGGACAGCGGGGGCAGUUUAUUAGAAAAUGACAUUUUUUGAGCUGGCACGGCUGCACGGUUUGGAAAAGCAUCUCGGGCCUCUUGUCUUUUUAAAAAAUGGUGGAAGUUACAGACCAUGCAGAAAGCUCUGCAACUCUACCUGCAUCCUCUUCGUCAUCUUGUCAGUAAGUGUCAUCCAUGGACAUGUGAUCUCCUCUCCAAACGACCCUCGGCGUGUUAGCAUCGGAAGCGAAUUGUUUUGAAGAAAAUAAACGACCAUCUCGCCGCAGGACCUCGGUUUCUUCUAGAGAUGCAAUAAUACCUUUUUUCUGGGAAGGGCAACAUGUAAUAAGCGGUGAAGAGUCUUAACAAUGUAUAAUACAUAGUAUAUUUUAUUCAUGUAAAAUGUUACUAAUAUAUUACUAACAUGAAGUCAGUGUUGAAGGCAGGAUUUUGUUGUAGAUGUUCUUUUUCCAUUGUCUAAUUGAUGGUUCUUAGUUGAUUAGAGACACUUAAAAUGGGUCAAAAUUAUAUCAAAUCAAUUCAUUUGACCACGUCUGUGUGGAAUUCUGCCUUAAAUUUGGUAGUGAUAGCUGAUGUACACGUUCUGUUUGAUCAUUUAAGUCACAUGUAUAGAAGAUUCAGUUCAGAUCCGAUGUUCAACUGUGAUUCGUUUAAUGAGAAUGUGAGAGAGAGAGAGAGCGAG